UGUCAACGGCAAAAAAAUGUCAAAAGCAAAACCAAAAAAAUAAAUUAAAAUCUCAAACAAAUCAUCAAAUUGUAAGCUUGGAUGGACACUGGAUUGUAUUGAAAAUAUCUCGUUUUUAAACUCAACCAAUACCUUUAUAAUUUAUAUUCUUUACACAAUUUCACAAAUACGUGAAAUUUCUAAGUAUCUCUAAUAUUUCCAACUAUAAAUAUGGAUAUAUUAGAUUUGAUGAAAAAUUUAACUAUAAAACAUAUGGAAACAGAGAGUAAACAGAAAUUAUUCAAAUCAGUAGCUGCAGAUAUUGAUGAUGUACCUACAGAAAUUGUUAUUGCAGAGUAUACAGAUAAAACAUUAUUGAUCAUAUCACAAUUCCAAAAAAUUGGUAGCAUGUUGAUGGUACAGAGAGACCAGGUGCAUAGUCCACUAGGUGUAAACAAUAUUUAUACAACAAAAGUUAUUUUUGGUGCCACAGGAGAAGAGCAACAGGUGGCUGCGAGAUACUUGGCUGAGGAAAUAAACAUUACAAAACCGCUGUGCAUUUUCAUCAAUCUCAAAUCAUAUGACAUUGAGACAGUAAAAGCCUGCAAGGAUAUCAUUUUAGAUAUAAAAAUAGAAGAAAGUGAGUAAUAUGGCCAAUACAACAGUAAAUACAUUUAAAUCUGUAAAUAAAUUAUAUGGACAGCUAGUUCUCGGUCCACCCGGUGCAGGGAAAACCACUUACUGCAGUGAAAUGUCUAAGCUUCUUACAAAAAUUGGAAGAAAAGUUGUUCUUAUCAAUUUGGAUCCAGCCAAUGAUUGCAUCUCUUAUAGUCCUGACAUAGAUAUACGAAGUUUGAUUGUUCUCGAAGAUGUCAUGGAUCAAUAUGAUUUAGGCCCAAAUGGUGCUUUAAUCUUUUGCAUGGAAUAUCUGGAGAAAAAUAUUGAUUGGUUAUUGAGUCAAAUCAAAGGAGAACAUUGUACUACUUUUAUUUUUGAUUUGCCUGGUCAAGUUGAACUUUACAGUCACCACAAUUCACUGAGUAACAUUUUUUCCAAAUUAGCUGUUGAUCAACAACUACAGCUUUGUGUUGUACAUUUAAUUGACUCCCACCACUGCUCUGAUGCUGGAAAAUUUAUUGCUGCUCUAAUAUUGUCUCUCAAUGCAAUGCUAAAACUUGGCCUGCCACAUGUCAAUUUGCUCACAAAAAUUGAUUUACUUAAGAAACAUGUUGACAAAUUGCAGUUUGGCAUAGAUUUUUAUACAGAGGUUUUAGAUUUAAAUUAUCUACUUGAGACUUUGGAUGAAGAUCGUUUUACUAGUAAAUAUGCGAAAUUGAAUAAAGCCUUGAUAUCAAUAGUUGAAGAUUACAGUUUAGUUACGUUUCAACUAGCUGAUCUAUUGAAAGAAGAAAGUCUUGUCAAUGUUAAAAAUAUAAUAGAUAAAGCUAACGGAUAUAUCUUUAAAUCUGAAGAAGGCAGGCACAUUAAUAGUAUGUUAGCCUGUGCUAUGGGUGUUAGUAAUAAGUUUGAUAAUGGUUUUGAAUAAACUAAUUGUAUUCUA